UUGCUAUCUUUGUGUGCAGCAGAAUUAGAGUUUGUGAUCAUCAUCAGUCCUAGCCUCUUGGUAAAUGAACAUUGAUGAUGCACAUUAUGCGGAGCUCCAGAAGAAGCUUAAGUUACUUAUUCAGGGAUGCAGGAACAAGGCUAAAACCAAGUGGUACGAGUGGGAAGCAGCAUUCCGGGAGGCCAACUGCCCUUGGCCUGCAGUCAAGGAGGAGCUCAUGGAACGUAAAAGUGCCCUCUCUCGUGAUUGGCUACGAUCUCAGCAGCUCAUAGCAGAGUAUGAAAACACAAAAAUUGCGCUCGAGCAGCGGAAGAGGGUAGAAGCGGCAGCAAGGGCGCAGGAAGAGCAAGUCCGUAUGGUCAAGCAGAAAGAGCAAGAGGCACGCCAAGUCAAAGGAAAGGAGCUCAGAGCGAAGCUGGAGGCUUUGCGGAAGACGAGGGAGCUUGAGAAGAUAGAGCUGGCGAAGAAGUAUGAAGAACUGAAGGAGAGACAGCAGGCUGUAGAUAAGCAACGGGAAGCAAUAGAAGCCCAGGAGGCAGAGGUGGAUGCUGCCAAGCAGGAGGCAAUGGAGGCAUUGACAAGAAGGGAAGAAACAUUGAGGGAAGUCCGACAAAUAAACUUGGAGAAUGAAGCUUCUCAGAAGGCCUUGGGUAUCUCUGUUACUCGCCUUGAUCUAGAUGAGAAUGGUGCCGGCAUGUUCGAGUUUACUGUCGGGGCAGCUUAUGCUGUACACAGGUUCUUCUUCACAGGGAGUGGCCCUGAUUGUCCAUUCGAAGGCCAGUUGGAUGUUGACAUGAAACGGGUCGAGAAGACGUACGCCAUGAUGGGAGGAGAAGUUCUCUGCGCAGCUCUGCUGAGUCCAUUCAGAGAAAGAUAUGCCGCAGGAACAUACGGAAACUUCAAAGAUGCUUUUCAUCUAAUCCGGAAAAGAGUACACGCAGCAACAGCGUCUAUGCAAGAAGCGGAGGACUGCAGAGCAAAACUGGAGUCUGUCAAAGCUAUUCAAUUUUCCACAGACAAAGAUGGCUACACAUGGGUCACUGUGACCUUCACCAACCCCCUGCUCUGGCUGAAGUUCAGAAUAUCACUCAAGAUUUACUCGCCUGGAGGGUGAGAACUCUAAAUCUUUUUCUUUUCUUUUCCUUUUCCUUCCCCCUCCCCCCCCAAAAAAACAAAAAAAGUCUUCUCCUUAUCGGGGGACAGCUAGGUCAUUUUGUGGUCACCUUUGGUCUUUCAUCAUCUGCUUUUUAUUGGGGUUACUAUGGUUGAAUUUCAAACUCUCUUUUCUAAAACACCUGGAGUACAAUAAAAUGGGUGAACUGAG